CUUGCUGUUUGUAGCCAACUUCUGACAAUAUCGGUUUUGUCCCUUUUUUAUUUCUUUUUACGUUGACUCGUGUGAUCCAACGGUACAAAAUGAAGGCCAAAGGAGAACUUAAAGAGUAUGAAGUUAUUGGAAGAAAACUUCCAACAGAAAAGGAGAAGACAACUCCUCUUUAUAAAAUGAGAAUUUUUGCACCAGAUAGAAUUGUUGCAAAAUCUCGUUUUUGGUAUUUCUUGAGACAAUUGAAAAAAUUCAAGAAAUCAACUGGAGAAAUUGUAUCUCUUAAACAGGUGUAUGAAAAAUCACCAGUUACAAUUAAAAAUUUUGGAAUUUGGUUACGUUAUGAUUCAAGAUCUGGAACUCACAACAUGUACCGUGAGUACAGAGAUUUGACAGUAUCAGGUGCAGUAACACAAUGCUACCGUGAUAUGGGUGCUCGUCAUCGUGCACGUGCUCAUUCAAUUCAAAUAAUCAAAGUUGAACUUGUUAAAGCAUCAAACUGUCGUAGACCCCAGGUCAAACAAUUCCAUGAUGCCAAGAUUCGUUUCCCAUUACCCAAAAGAAUUCAACACCGUAACCAGAUGCCAAGAUUCAGUGUACGUAAACCACGUACAUAUUUCCAAUAAACAACAUACAAGAGUCCUGAUUGUUUACAAAAAAAUAAUAACAUUUGUAUUUUUUAAAGAUCAUCAAACAAUUUAUAAACAACAUAUAACAUAUUGUAAUAAAUCUGAUUAUUUUUAUUUAAACAAUGAAUAAU